AGAAAAAAGAUGAUAGGGGAAAAAAAGACAAACCAAAACCACCUUUUGUUCAUCAUUUGAUUAUCAAUCCUUUAUAAAGCUUAUGUUUUUCUCUUCUCUUUUUUUGUUCAACAUUUCAAGAUGAGAUUUUUAUGUUAACCCUUUGAAGAUAUGGGUUUGAGGAAUCACAUGGCACAAGAAAACCACAUAACUUUCAUAGAAUGGCUUAAACCCUCCAUUUCUCUCUCUUCUUCCCUUUCUUCGUCCUCUUCCUCGUCCUCUGAUCGAGAUUUGAUAUCUCCGACGACCGCCCAAAGGUGCCUGCCUUUGUUCACGGAGAAAGAUGAAGAACGGGGUCGAAUUCGAGAUCGGGAAAGAAAAAGCUUGGGAAUUAAAGAGGAAGAUGAAGAUUUGGUGAAAGUAGAAGUGGGUUUGCACAUUGGGCUUCCAAAUGUUGGUGAUGUCCCUAAUUUCGGUGAUGGGAAUAUGAAUGGUUUUGUAAAGAAAGAAGAAAUGCAGAAAAGCUUCUCUAAUUUUAGUACUCAAGGAAGGUUUUGGAUACCAACGCCGGCUCAGAUCCUUGUCGGUCCGAUGCAAUUUGCUUGCUCCAUCUGCCACAAAUCUUUUAAUAGAUACAAUAACAUGCAGAUGCACAUGUGGGGACAUGGCUCGGAGUACAGAAAAGGCCCAGAAUCUCUUAGAGGAUCACAGCCAGCAGCAAUGCUAAGGCUACCAUGUUAUUGCUGUGCUCAUGGGUGCAAGAACAACAUUAAUCAUCCAAGAGCCAAGCCAUUGAAGGACUUUAGAACUCUUCAAACCCAUUACAAAAGGAAGCAUGGGUCUAAGCCAUUUAUGUGUAGAAAAUGUGGCAAAACUUUGGCUGUCAAAGGAGAUUGGCGAACCCAUGAAAAGAAUUGUGGGAAGCUUUGGUAUUGCAGCUGUGGCUCAGAUUUCAAACAUAAAAGAUCUCUUAAAGAUCAUAUUAGAUCCUUUGGAAAAGGCCAUCACCCUACCUGCCCUCUUGAUGGGUUUGAAGAUGACAAAGAAUGCCUCACUGGGUCUGAUCAAGAACAUGAGUUUGCUACUCAUUAUUAGCCUCUCUUAACUUAUAAUAUCUAUUAGGGUUUAUCUCGUCUGAUGCAACUAUGAUCGUAUCUUAACUCGUGCUUGGUAGCAAAACAUUCUCCGACCGUUGGGCAUUCGAGGAGAGAUUAUUUGGAGAUUGACACAAUGUGGUUGAUAGUUCGGUAUGGUUGUGUGUUUGGACGAGACAACUACAUUGUGACGAUCGAAUUGAAUCGUGUUCGUAGAAGCUCGAGAGGGAACGAUUUGCUACCGAGCACAGUGAGAUAUUUAGUUUAGGGUUUUCAAAUAAGGGAUUGCUACAAGUACAAGUGAUGAAGUAGGCGAAUUUUCUUCUCAUGAGAUGGAUUUGAUUGUCUCUCUUUUAUGGAGGAAAUUCAUCAGCUUCAUUGCUUAUUAUAAAGUGGCAAUCUUUCAUAUCAAGGUUGAAACUUUCUCUCUCUCUCUCUGUUUCUGAUUUCUCUC